AUGGAUGAUAUCUACGCACAACUCGAGCGACGCGCCCUGAGCCUUCUGCAUCAAUUACACCAACGAUCCUCAGAUGCCAGGGCCAUUAUCAUUUUGGCUGGUCCUCCAGGAUCGGGAAAGUCAACUAUCGCUUCUCAAGUCGUACAAAGGAUCAAUUCCCUCCACGGAACUCCGAUAGCAAAAGUUCUUCCAAUGGAUGGAUAUCAUUACUCGCGCUCGCAUCUCGACAGUCUCCCAAACCACGUUGAAGCCCAUGCACGAAGGGGAGCACAUUGGACAUUUGACGGUCAAGCGGUUCUUGGUAUGGUCAAGCAAUUACACGAAUCACGAGAGAGGCCAUUCGCUACGUUGUAUAUGCCGAGCUUCGACCAUGAGAUAAAAGACCCGGUUCCUGAUGCCAUUGAGAUAAGCCCAGAUGUCAAGAUUGUUUUGGUGGAGGGCAAUUGGCUCCUGUACAAUGAACACCCUUGGAAUCAGAUUGCCAAUUAUGCAGAUGAUGCUUGGUUCGUUGAUGUCGACCCUCAACUGGCAUUACAAAGAGUUGCGAAAAGGCAUGUUGCAUGCGGCAUUGAGAAGACGCUUGAGGCGGCGAUGGAUAGAGCAAGGAACAACGACAUGAAGAACGGAGAGGAUAUACGGCGUGGUCUGAUUCAGCCCAACAUCAUCGUCAAAAGUGUUCAAGACGCGUGA